AUGUGUGAAAGUGUGACACCAGUUCACAUCUGUGCAGCUCUGGGAGAUUAUGUGGGACUUCGAAAGCUACUUGACGCAGAAUUUCCACACCUUACUCAAGACCAGCUCGGACGUCUACCCCUUCACUAUGCUGUUCAAACUAAUCUUCCGACAGUGAUAAUGCUACUAGCCAUAGAUACUGGUCAACUGGAUGUAGUGGAUUUUGCAAAUAGAAAGCCUCUGAUGUUUUGCCAAUAUCAUAAUCACGAAACUGUCAGAGGGUACCUGAAUAAACUUGUUGAAUCAGUCAAUAAUCAGCAACUUGGUGACGCUCUUGAAAGUGAGAAGAAAAACUAUUUGCAUAAUGCGAUAGUACGCGAUGCUCACUGGAAGUUACCCCUGAACUUUGAGGCCUACCUGUGCACUAAAAUAAGGCCAAUGUACUGUCUUAACAGACGCGAAUACUGCGAGUGUUCAGGAGAUUGUGAACUGCACGAGAAGUUCUGUGAAAUCGAGGCUCUUAAUGAACUUAUAGCAAGCCGAACCAAGGACUAUAUCAAACGUCCAACUAACACUUUUGGACAGUUUGAAACACCCUCUUCAAAUGUCAUGGCUGAGUUCGUCCGAAUAGCUGAUGACACUAGAACGGAAAAGCUCUCUUUCCUUUUCUUCGACGUUUGGAAGUUGAGGCAGCCUGAUCUUGCUCUUUCGCUCUAUGGUUCAAUUCCACCUUCGAAGUCACUUCAAAAGCGAUUCUACAAAAUGAUCAUAUCUGUUGUUCAAAAGACAGUAACUUGGGUGAUAACAGACGGAAUUUUCGAUAGUAUUGCUGAAGUGAUGUCAGACGGAAUGCAUGGUUAUGCAGAGGCCUAUGGACUUACGAAGCUUCAAGUCAUUGGUAUAGCUCCUUGGAGGCACCUGGCGCUUCAAUCCGAACUCCACUCUUCCGAUUAUUCGGGAACCUAUCGAGUCAGGUUCCCAGAGAGGGAGAAGAUAGUGACAAUUUACCCACAGAUAGCACCAUUUCACACACGGUACCUCUUCGUCGAUUCUGGUGGUAAAAAUGACACCAAGUGUACUCAAGAUUUCCGUACACGGUUUGAAAUCUGGCUUGCCAAUCUCAAUAUAGAGGUGGAGUCGUUUGAGCUCUCGCACAAUGUUCCGAUUUGUGGAAUUCUUGUGGCGGGAAGGCCGGAGCAUGCAUUGAGUGUUCAUCGGGCUCUAAGUAACAGUAUCCCAUUCGUUGUUAUUGGGGACAGCGGAGGCCUUGCGUCCAUACUCGAACAAUGCAUCACUGAGAGUGAAUAUUUACCAGAGCGUAGAAGUGGUAGCACACACAACGUGCUUGAGGAUCAAGAAGUUGCUGAAAAUGAAACCAGAGAGAGGCAAGUCAGUCAGAUUAAUCAAUGGAAAAAUGAAUGCAUUCAUAGCCGAAUGCGGUCCAUUCAAUUUCCCAUGAUAAUAACUAUACCAUCGCAUUAUUGCCUUAAUAGAAUGAUUGAGGUUAUGCUGCAAUUUUGGACAGAGGAAGAGAUAACAUCGGAAUCGAUCGAUUCAAUUAUCCGAAUUCUCAACUACUCCGAUCUGAUUGAGUUCUGUUCAUUCGAAAAGGACUCCGAUGGUACGCUUGAUGCUAAGAUUGUUUCGUCACUCAUCAAUCCAGUGUUGUUCCAAAGUCAGGAUCCGAAUGCGAACUGGAAACCGCGGUUAAAGAUAGCUCUAGAAUUGGAUCGAGCGGAUUUCGUGAUGGAGAAGAUAUUGAAUGAUACCAAUUGGACGCCAAAGGAAAUGAUACCUUUCGUGAAAAGUUGUUUACUGGAUGACAAGGUGCAAUUUCUUCGCACUUUCGCCGAGGUUGGUUUGAACAUGCACGAAUUUGCAACCAUGAAGGCUGUUGAAGAGCUCUUCUCCUUGGAGGCUCAUCGAAGUACGACUGGUGGUGCCACCUUGAGGGAGUUUUUGCUUUCUUACCAAUCCAAGUUACCGUCUCGAAUUACAAUUGAGAGGGUGAAGAAAACUCUGCAGAAGAUAAUGGGCCACCACUUUCUGACCUACAAUACAAAUAUUCCCAAAGGUCAUAACAUUGGACAUCGCCUCACCUUCAAAGACAUUCAUGAUGAAUUGGGUAAGGUCUUAGAGAAAGUCUUUGCAUCGAAAAGUAGAGACAUUUUUGUUGGAUCAGGCGAAGAAAACUACAUACAGUACCUCUUCCUCUGGGCUCUCAUAACUGGAAGAUUUGAAAUUGCUCAUUUCCUUCUAAUGGGACAGACAGACAUUAGCGCUGGAGCUCUAUUUGCAGCUGGCUUUCUUCGGCGUUUGUCCAGAAUCACUCGGCAAAUCUCAGGUUUUGAAGAGAAUAAACUUAAAGCAAGAGAGUUUGAACUACUGGCUGUGUCUAUAUUGGAGGCCUGUUACCUCAACAAUAAAGAGAAUACAUUGCACUUGCUAGUGAUGGAGAGAAGAAGCUACGGCAUGAUUUCCUGUAUGAUGAUAGCCUCGGAAGGGGAUUGUCGAGAAUUCAUCCAACACAGAGCAUGUCAAGAAUAUAUCGAUCGUGUAUGGGCGCACACCCUCCAGAUCAAUAGCUCUUCAUCUAACUUCGUUUUAAGUUUAUUUGUCGGAAUGAUUUGUCCUCCCCUUGUUCCAUAUUUUGCCGAAUACGAUGAAUCGAAGUAUUCAAAACUGACCGAUGAGGUAGAAGUGAAGAAGAAGAGGAAGUUUACCGUUCGAUGUUACCAACGAAAAUUGAAGGAUUUCUAUCUGGCUCCAUGUGUUCGACAUGCAUACCAACUUACAACCAUGAUCGUACUUUUCCUUUUCUUCGUCAUCAACGUGGUGGUCGAAUUGAAUUACCAAACUUCACUCAUACGUUUCAUUUCGUUUUUCCUCAUUGCUAUGGCCUUUGUUCAAACACUCGAAUUUUUCCGAAUUGUCUUCUUAAACUGGAUCUCUUUCGGAAUGUUCAUCGCAUCAACAUAUAACAGACUCAUUAUAGCCUCUUUUUUGGGCUACGUUAUUGGCACAGCUAUUCAAAUUAUGAUGUACCUUUACGUGCCUCGGACGUAUAUACUGGAACAAAUGAGUCAAACCCUCCUCGUAAUUGCCAUUCUAUUUCCAUUUGCGAAAAUUUUACGCCUCCUUUCCAUUGGAAAGUACAUUGGACCGAAGCUACAAAUGAUUAUUAAAAUGAUUAAUGUCGAGAUAACAAAGAUGACAAGUUUUAUUAUUUAUAAAAGAGAAACCUACGAGAGAAUGGAGGAUAUGUCAGAGCAAUUGUGGACCAUGCAGCGAUAUCGAGUAACGGAAUACAUUCUUUCUGAAUCAGUUCUACCUGGGCCCUUCCUUCCCCUCGCAUUCGCCUAUCAACUUAUUGUGUACUUUUUUCGUCCUGAAGUUCACAGGAAUGCACAAAAACAGCGAGCCUUCCGUAAAUCCUUCGAGGAUGACCCAGGUCGUGAACGACAGUUAAUCAAUUGGGAGAAAUUGAGUGCACUGAUUUCAAUGGGAAUGCAUGAAGCUGAAGAGGGAUUCGAGGAUUCUUCAGGAAAAAAUUCACAUAAUUCCAAGAGACGCAACAAAACGCUAACUCGAACUUUAGCUCGUUCAGGUCGUACAUUGAUGACUCCAACUAUGGUUUUUGACAAUCUUGCCACAACGAACGAAACAGCAGAUGGUUUUGAGAAGCAAAUCAGUAGUAUUGAAUCAAAGCUGGAGAAGAUAACUAACAUUCUUUCUGAUAAAGGUGGAACUUUCUUGCCUCGAACACCACUGAGUCCCAGUCGUAAAGUUUCAUUGGCUCCUUCAAGGGUUGAAAGCAACGCUUCCUCAUUGGCCAUGAAAGACAGUGAGGAUGGUCCAAUUGUCUUGCAAUGGUUGAACCAUCAAAUAGCAAUCUUCACAUCACUGACGAGUGAGGUUACUCCGUUUUCAAUCAGACCGCCUAUUCCGUGGGAGGUGCCCUAUCCAAAGUACAAUCCAAUUUCAUGGACCCCUCGAAAAUGCAUGGUUGUCCACUGGAUCAAUGGAAAUGAGUCUCCGAAUGUGGCCAAGCCACGCAAGACCUCCUAUGCCUCUUCAACUGGCAACAAUGGUGAAAACGAUCCCAAGAAUCCAGAAGGUCGAGUUGGAACAAAGGGAAAGGGAUUGCUUCCAGAAGAAGGUGAAAACGCGGCCUGCGUACUAGUUGUUACUCGUGGUGCAAGUGAUGAAGAGAUACUUGUUUUGAAAGGAGUUCAUCAUCACGCUCAAUUUCCCUGGUUCCUCUGUCUUCAUCCUCAGAGCUGCUCGCAAACAACGUGUUAUCGUGGACUGAUUCGACUCUUUUGUCAGUCAACAAUAAAUGAUGAGGCAGUUCAUAAAAUCGUCAUUGAUGAUUUCGUUGCCUACUUUGUUAAAUAUGCGAAAAUAGGAGUGGUAUCGGAUCCGAUAAAUUGUGAUAACGCCUGGAUCAGUAUUACAGCGAUUCAUAUUCAAAUUCCAAUGGAAUACAAAUUGGUUGAGGAGAUAGANCAAGUGAGUUAA